AUUUUCGCUUUCUACCAUCAGUCGUUUCCUGGCGGAACUAUGAACGGCCGCCCGCAGCGGCAGUCCCGAAGUUGAUUGUUUUUCCUAUUUCCCCUCUAAAGUCUGCCGGAAAAAACCACAGAACAGUCUGGGGAAGGUUGCCCUGUAUUUGGUCACGUUUUCGUUGAGAGGAUGACAAUUUGAAGAGGAGAAAGGAUCGCUUCGUCUCUGUACUACUAGCCUGCGCUGUAGCAUACUACUGGUAAAUCACAGACUGUUGUGGAUACGUUGGUACCUUGUGCCCAACGAUACGAACUUGCUGUAAUCACAUGGAUAUGACUGCUAAUUUCGGUAUGAGGUUCCUGAGCUGUUCUUAUUUUAAUCUCAGAUACCGAUAAUGGACUAGUCUGCACUUCGCUGUCAUAUUUGUUGCCUAACCGUGACGGAAAGAUCACUGGCUCGAGUGAGGUGAUCUUUGAUCGCUAACGUCAGAUAAAUGGUAGUCCGCCGUCUGUGCAGCAAGCAUUGAAUUUUUUUUUCUUUGUAGAAGUGUUUUCUUUCAAAGCCUAUUUUGUCGGUGUUCGAAUGAGAAAUCUACUUAGAAAGGAUUUUAGUGCACUGCCUACGUACUUCUGAUUUCACUUUCACUGUUAUUUUCUGGACUUCGUCCUUAAGCUGGUUGUAGCCUAUUUAUGAAAACUGACGUCGUGUGUAAUCGGGGUUUACUUUAAAAGACACUGAGAAAGAGAGAGGGAGAGAGAGACUCUCUUUUCUUUUUUUCGAAUACUUUUCUGUCUGACGUGAAACUUUGUGUGAAUUGCGCAGCUGUAGGCUAAAUUGGCAACUGCAGAUACAGAAACUUAAUCGCCAACAGCCCCCUACAUGUAAUCCAUCCGCCCCGGGGAGAUCUUUAAAAUCGGCCUUAGUCCACUUAGCUCGCGACCACAAGCAGAAAUAAAAUCAACUGGAUUUUUUUAUUUAUUUAUUUUUUUACUUAAUGGUUUCAUUUUGCUUUGUUUUGCUGUCCUGCGCAUGCCAAAUUUUAAAUGUUGUGCGAUGUUUUGAAAUAUAAAAACUCACAAGGUGUCAAAGGGACACUUGACUUUUCCCAAAGCAGAAUCUCUUUUUCAUUUUAACUUUGAAGCAUUCAACAUGUUUGGACACCUGUCUUGUUCAGAAAACCGGAGCAAGAAGGCAGCCUUUCUCCUUUAAAAAAGUUUUAAAAAAGAGACUAUUUUGACAAUAGUUCCCAGGCUCAGUCUUGGCAGCUAUUGUUCCCUGGAGCCGCCACGCGCAGAUCGAUGCCAGCUGUCACUGCUCGCUUUGGAACAGCAGAUCUCGUGCCCUCGUGACUACCCGCGUGCGCGUGGGAGCGGUGCACUCGAGAGGAUAAUUCCGCUGGGUGGAAGGCCCAUUGGCGAAACCCGGAGGUACGACUGUCAACCCCGAGUGUGCUUAGUUUACGGACUUCUAAUAUAAGCUUUUGCGUAAAUUGCACGCUUAUUUCUGGUCACACCCAGACAUUUAUCCUAGCUGGUGUCGCCAGGGAGCACCUACAUUAGACUACCCAAUAUUUUUUUUGAAAGUAUCUAAGGGCAACAAGCUACACUUCAUGUGUUUUUAAGUAGACCCAUGGCCAAGUGGCUGAAAGAUUAUCUGAGUUUCGGAAGCCGGCGAGCACCCCCACAACCACCCAAACCGGACUACACCGAGAGCGAGAUACUCAAAGCGUACCGCAUUCAGAAAAGCUUGGACUUCGAAGAUCCGUAUGAGAACUCGGAGAAUCGGAACGGCUCCGUGAUGUCGGACGUGACGUUUGGCUCGCCGCUCAAGUCCGGCACUCUGGACCUGAAGUCUCCCAAACAUCGGCUCAUCAAAGUGGAAUCUCAGGAUUUGGGACGCAAUAAAAUCCUCCUCAGCUCGGUGGUCUCCUUUGAGGAAACGGACCCCGUGGUUCCCUCCGCCCCUCCGGACGCGGGCGACCUGGACUACUCCGACCCGUUCGACGCCCGGCCGGACCCCCGCCCCGCGCCCGAGCCGGCGCCGGCGCCCCCGGGGAGCAACGGCUACAUGGAGCCGUACGAGGCGCAGAGGCUGCUGACGCAGCUGCAGCGGGGUUCAGGGUGUGGCCGGUCGAGGGGCGGAGUCCAGCUGUACGACACCCCGUACGAGGAGCGGGCGCGGGGGCGUGGCCGGGGGGUGCAGGAGGACGACGGGCAGGAGAGCCGGCUGCCCCAGGACGACGAGCGGCCGGCGGACGAGUACGACCAGCCCUGGGAGUGGAAGAAGGAGCACAUCUCCAAGGCCCUGGCAGUGCAGUUCGACGGCGCGGACUGGGAGCGCUCGGCGGCCCAGACGGAGCGGGCGCGGCCCCCCAGGACCAACCCGCUGGCGGGGGGCGGGGUCAAGUUCCGCAAGGCCUCGGACUCGCACGGCGUUCUGGGGGAGAGGGUGGACCCCGCGCUCCCCCUGGAGAAGCAGGUGUGGUACCACGGCGCACUGACGCGCUCGGAGGCGGAGUCUCUGCUCACCCUGUGUAAGGAGUGCAGCUACCUGGUGAGACACAGCCAGACCUGCCGCUCCGACUACUCCCUCUCGCUCAGGAGCUGCCAGGGCUUCAUGCACAUGAAGUUCUCAGUCUCCCGGGAGGGGAAGUACAUCCUGGGUCAGAACAGCCCGCCCUUUGACACCAUCCCAGAGGCCAUCCACUUCUACACCACCCACAAGCUGCCAAUCAGAGGGGCCGAGCACCUCUCCCUGCUCUUCCCCGUGGUGGUACAGACCCUCUGAUUGGACCUGGACUUGGCUCACCUCCUGUGUAACGGGGGUUUUGAUUGGAUGUCGGUUUGAUUGACGUGGAUAGAGGAGGAGGAGGAGGAGGAUGAGCUUUUUAUUUUGUUUUUUUGUGAGCGCCCUUGUGGGAUCUUCGCCAGCUCUUUGUGUGGUUGUGCACAUGCUUUUUUCACCACUUCCUGGACGUUUGUGUCUGCACUCCUCUCUCUCUCUUAGACACUGUACUCAGAUUGGCUUGUGGAUCUUCACUGGACACUGAAACGACUUCUUAUUGGACACACAUUUAUCUUACCUGGUCUGCCCCUUUUUUUUCCUGUCCUCUGAUUGGACAGUGAUCACAACCUGUCGUUCUACUGGGGAAAGGAGAAGACUCUUGAACUAACUGACACUUAACUGAAACUGCACCAUGGCAACCAUGACUGUUACAUUUGAAAACCUCUGGAAGGGGGGAAAAAAAAAAUAAUUCUUUGCUAUUGGUCUGUUCCGUUUGAUUCUUUUGCUGCUUUAUCUGUCCUGACCGACCAAUCGCAUCUCUCCCAAUGAGCCAAAGUAGAUUCUUACUGGUCCCUUUCACAGGAAGCAAAAAGAGAGAAUUUUCAGUGGCCUGUGGCUUUUUGGAGCGAUGGACGUGUCUGUCGUACCACACGUUAGCACGUUAGCUCGGACGCUACGUUCCCUGUUUGGACUGCUCUGUGUCUCAGAGGGCGUUGUAUCUGGAGAGUACCAGGUCCAAGCAAAACAAGAUUCCCGAAUUCCUAAAAUCAUCAGCUCUCACCAAAGUCGUUUCCGACCGUAAGCAUCGUUAUGACCGAUAGCACCAUCGCUGUCAUUCAUGGUGAUGAUGACGGCAGGAGCGGAGACAGGUUGGAGUUCUUUUAACUUUUCACUCGGAAAAUAAAAAUAAAAGGGUUUACUGUG